CCGCGGGCCGGCCCCCUUCCCGCCCCGGGGCCCCUCCCUGCCUGGUUGUGUAACCGUCCCCAGCCCCCCCUCGGCCCCCUGCCCCGCAUGGGGGGGGGGGUCACCCAUUCGGUGUUCCCCGGGGAGGGCGGCGGCCGUGGCGGCCGCGCGGCGCAGGCGAGCCCGGGGAUGCGCGGCCUACUGCAGGCCGGGCCCGGGCGUGGGGGAGGCGGGCGGGCGGACCCAGAUCCGGGGUAAUUUGCAUCACCCUCCCCCCAGUCCGGGUGGGGAUUGGCCGCCGGCGGCGGGGGGUGGCGCGGGGCCAGGCUCACUGCCGUCUCCCGGCCCCUCGGAGGAAGCCUGCCCAGCCGCCGCCACCGCCGCCGCCGGGGCCGGGCCCCCUCGCCGCUGACCUGGGAAGGAGGUCUCGGCGCAGAAGAUGGCUGGCGGCGUGGACGGCCCCAUUGGGAUUCCGUUCCCCGACCACAGCAGUGACAUUCUGAGCGGGCUCAACGAGCAGCGGACACAAGGCCUGCUGUGUGACGUGGUGAUCCUGGUGGAGGGCCGAGAGUUUCCCACACACCGCUCAGUGCUGGCAGCCUGUAGCCAGUACUUCAAGAAGCUGUUCACGUCGGGCGCUGUGGUAGACCAGCAGAACGUGUACGAGAUCGACUUUGUCAGUGCCGAGGCGCUCACGGCCCUCAUGGACUUUGCCUAUACGGCCACGCUGACUGUCAGCACAGCCAACGUGGGUGACAUCCUCAGUGCCGCCCGACUGUUGGAGAUCCCUGCUGUGAGCCACGUCUGUGCUGACCUCCUGGACAGGCAGAUCCUGGCGGCCGAUGUGGGCACCGACACCGGGCAGCUGGACAUGGUAGAUCAAAUUGAUCAGCGAAAUCUCCUCCGCGCCAAGGAGUACCUCGAGUUCUUCCAGAGUAACCCCAUGAACAGUCUGCCCCCCCUCGCAGCUGCCGCCGCCGCCGCAAACUUCCCAUGGUCUGCCUUUGGCCCAUCCGAUGAUGACCUGGAUGCCACCAAGGAGGCCAUGGCCGCCGCUGUGGCUGCUGUGGCUGCCGGCGACUGCAAUGGCUUGGACUUCUAUGGGCCUGGCCCCCCAGCUGAACGGCCUCCAGCUGGGGAUGGAGACGAGGGUGACAGCAACCCGGGUCUGUGGCCAGAGCGGGAUGAGGACAACCCAGCCGGGGGCCUCUUUCCACCCCCUGUGGCCCCAACGGCUGCUGCCACGCAGAACGGUCACUAUGGCCGGGGUGGGGAGGAGGAGGUAGCCUCACUGUCAGAGGCAGCCCCGGAGCCAGGAGACUCUCCCGGCUUCCUGUCGGGAACAGCUGAGGGUGAGGAUGGCGAUGGGACUGAUGCAGACGGGCUUGCGGCCAGCACCCUGCUACAGCAGAUGAUGUCGUCGGUGGGCCGGGCGGGGUCGGCAGCAGCGGGGGACAGUGAUGAGGAAUCAAGGGCAGAUGACAAGGGGGUCGUGGACUACUACCUGAAGUACUUCAGCAGUACCCACGAGAGUGACGUCUACCCAGCGUGGUCGCAGAAGGUGGAGAAGAAGAUCCGGGCCAAGGCCUUCCAGAAGUGCCCCAUCUGUGAGAAGGUCAUCCAGGGCGCUGGCAAGCUGCCGCGGCAUAUCCGGACGCACACCGGUGAGAAGCCCUACGAAUGCAACAUCUGCAAGGUCCGGUUCACCAGGCAGGACAAGCUCAAGGUGCACAUGAGGAAGCACACAGGUGAGAAGCCAUACCUGUGCCAGCAGUGCGGGGCGGCCUUCGCCCACAACUACGACCUGAAAAACCACAUGCGUGUGCACACGGGCCUGCGGCCCUACCAGUGCGACAGCUGCUGCAAGACCUUCGUCCGCUCCGACCACCUGCAUAGACACCUCAAGAAGGACGGCUGCAAUGGUGUUCCUUCACGCCGCGGCCGCAAGCCCCGUGUCCGGAGCGGGGGGCUGGGGGGACCUGACCCCAGCCCUGGGGCCACUGCGCCGCCCAGCGCCCCCGCCCCACCCGGCUCCCCUGAGGCCCGGCGCAAUGGCCAGGAGAAGCACUUUAAGGACGAGGACGAGGACGAGGAGGAGGCCAGCCCUGAUGGCCUGGGCAGGUUGAAUGUAGCAGGCGCUGGCAGAGGGGGUGGCGAUGGGGCCACUGGGAGCCCUGCCGAUGGCAGCUUUGCGGCUGGACUCGCCUGAAUACCAAAAAGAGAAAACAGAAACCCAAGAGACAGAGAAAGAGCGAGAAAUCACCCACCACCCGUAAAAAACCAUACAAAAAGAAAAUCUAUCUAUAUACAGAUAUCUAUAUCGAGAUAUAUAUAUAUACAGAUAUAUAUAUAUAUAUAUAUAUAUAUGAAGCGUCACAGAAUCUAGGAUAGUGCUUUUCUCAGAUUUUUCUCUUUCAUGAUGUUCUCUCCCUCCAUGGGGACUCUUGCCCUCCACCCCCAGCUCCCCUUCCCCCCAUCCCAUCAGUGGGUUUUGGGGCUGGUUUGGAGUUUGUGGGACACAAGGGUUCUGAGUUCCCUCCUCCCCCCCGGGUGCCCCCAGCAUGGGGUCUGGGGUCCCAUUCGAGACCUGGGCAGGGCCCCAGGCCCCAGGCAGGGAUGUGGGCUGCUGUAGCGGGUGGGGAGGGUAGGACUAGGGUGGGCUUUAGUUUUUUCCCCUUGCUGGUUUCUAUGAGUCUUUCAGAUAAGACCUUAAAUGAUUUCUGUCUGCUGUGAGUGGACGUUAAAUUGGUCCCUGUCCCUCCCCCCACCCUCCUUCCUCAGGGCACUUAAUAAGUGGGGGUCUCCCCCUUGAUCUCCCCUAUGGUCUCGUCGCCUCCCAUCCUUGCCUGUGGUCCCCUCUGUCUCCUGGCCACUGAGACACAAAUGUAUUUAUUUCCAGGUGUGGAGAAAGGGGGAAAGACAGGGGAAGAGGGGGUACCAGGUGGCUCCCAGGGGCUCCUGCUACCUUCCUUCGUGGCACUUAAAACUGGUGGGGCACCUGGAGGCCGCAGCUUAGAGUGCCCGGACCACCUCCAUCUGUGUCCCCUGACCAGGCCGCCUAGACCCCCAUGCAGAGUUUGGAGAUUUAAAACUGGUCUUUACCCUCUCCUCACCUCUCCCUUGAACCCUCUCCCAAUUUUUUAAAGCACUUUUUAGAUUGUUUUUCCCUCUUUUCCUCCUUAAAAACAAAAUUUAUAUAUAGAGAGAGAUAUAUAUAUAUUAAAAAUAUAUACUUUUUCUCAGAGGAGCAGGCAACUGUGGGGUGAGGCAGCCAAGGGCAGAGGGAACCCAGGGUCUUACGGUGGCAGGGAUGAGGGGAGAGAAGAGUCCAGAAGUUCCAGUGUCACAAAAGCAAUAAAAAGAUUUUACAAAAUGAAAGGAAAAAAAAAAACAACCAACCAACCAACCACAAAUAGAAGUCUCGGCACUUUGUAACAGAACGGGUACUAUAUCUUAAUUUAAAAACAUGUUUACAAGUUGCAACCAACUUCUAUGAAAAGUUGAAAAGACAAAAAAAAAAUAAAAGAGCGAGAGAGAGAGAGAGAGAGAGAGAGCGCAAAAAGAAAUUCCUAAAAGCUGAUUUAUUUUUGUACAAAAUAAUAAAAAAAAACCCACCACCAGAUGUAGAAUCCACUUCUGUUCCCCGAGCUGAGAAGGGGGUCAGGAAGGCCGUGGGUGAGGGCGAGGUCUUCUGAGGGAGUCUGUGCUUUGCCGCGGGUCUCUGCCUGGCAGGCAGGACUGCGGGGUGUUUGUGUUUCUGCCAUGUCCCCCGUUCCCUCCCAUGCUGCCCCCUUUUUGGUUCUGAUUUAGAGAUGUCUCGUUACCCACUAGCCAUACAAUGGCCACCCGUGUCUGUGGGGACCCUCCUUACUGACUCCCUAGCUCAGGGAUGGGCCCAGGAAAGGGCUGGCCUUCCAACCAGCCAGAGCAACCCAAUCUCCCCCCAACCCCUGCACCUGCCCCUCAACCUCGCUGUCCUCCCACCCUCGCUGCUUCCUGGCUUUCCACCUUCCAACAUGGCCACCUUUCCUUGUGGCCACCGAGGAGCUGCCAUCUUGGGUAUGCCAUCCCUGUCGAGGUGGGUGACAGGGGGCCCCUCCUCCAGGGCUUUACACGCCCCCAGGCACCCCUCUUUUUACUCAAAGGCACUGACUGUCAUCUGGGGGCUGGCACCUGCCUCCCCCAGCCUCUGGCUCCCCAGAGGCCCGGUGUUCACCGAGCCACAGGCCACGGACUGGGGCCAGGGCAGGGGAGACCACGCUGCCAGAGGCCAGGGCUCCUUCACCCCCUUCUGCAUAUGCAACGCCUAGUCUGGGACCCUGUAUAUAGGCACACCCUGCUGAGCUGUGAUCUUCUUCGACAAAGCCCGAGGUGGGGAGGGUGCCCCUGCUCCCCGCUCUAGUCACUGGCCUGUCUCCCGGUACCCCUUUGCUCUGUGACAAACCCCAUCUUCUCAUCUAUUUCAUUUUCUUUUUUUAAAGGGAAGCUUUUUAAGAAGGCAACAUUCAUCAUUGUUUCUACAGGAUAGUUUUCGUCUACUCCCGGCCUCCCCCAGCCCUUCAGCCCCACAAAAAUGUCUCAGGAACCCCCCCUCCUGAGGGGGGUGGCAGGGGAGCCCAGGGCCGCGUGGCCUUGGUCACACCCCGGCAUCACGGGGAGAGCUCUCUUCAGAGGACCGUCUGUGGAGGUCAAGCACAGAGCUCGAGCACCCAGGCCAGGGGUCCCCCCCCCCACCCUACCCCGGCUCCCAGAGAGGUUCCCUGAGGGGAUAGCCCUCUCCCCCUACCCACACACCUCCUUGCAAUAAAACCAACUGAAAAACUACAGCUGUCGUCCUGGCCAGUGGGGGUGACUGGACUUGGGGGAAUCGAGGCCUCUGGGACUACGGUGGGGGCAUGGGCUGAACCCCGCCGAGCACACUUUAACACAAAGCUCUUUGGGAAUUGCACUAAACCCCAGCUUCCGCAGCCCUGCCCACCCACUCCGCCUUAACCCCUCUUCUGCUGCCCGCCAGCCUGUCCCGGGGGCCACAGCAUCUGCAUGGGCCCAGAACUGGGACCCCUACCCGCCCAGCCCAGCCUCCAACUCCGCGCAAUCACAUACUGUAUAUAGAUGUGGAUCGAUUUUAUUUUUAUUCUUUAAAUUAAGGUUGUGAUAAAGUGUUGCCAAAGAUACUGCUGAAUUCUCGUGUUUCAGGAAACAAAAUAUUUGAGGGGGAACGUGCUGACUGGUCGGAAAGGACACAGCAAACAGUUUUUUUGUUUGGUUGUUUGGGGUUUUUUUGUGUCUUCUUUUUUUGGGGUGUUUUUUUUAACUGCCUGGUACAAAAAAGAAAAAAGACAAAGUGAAAUUGUUAUUUCCAUCAUCUUGGUGAAGUUGUGUGGAUGUGUGUGCGCGCAUGUGUGUGAGAAUGAGGUCCAGGCUGGGGACUUCAGGUGGAGGCUCCGGGGCGAGCCAUGCGGCAGGGGUGGCGGGUGUGGUGGGACGGGGGCGCCCAGAGCCUCCACCUGGUGUGGUCUCCAGCCUGCAGGACCUGGAGAGGAAGGUAGAUAUCCUUGCUGCUGCUCCCUGCGUAGCCCCCCUACCCUGACCCUGACCCUGCCUUUUGAGAUUAAAAGAAAAAAAAAGGCCAAAAAAAAAAAAUAAUUUAAAAACCAGUGAAUGUAAAGUGCCGGACCAGGCCCAGCCGGGCACGGGUGCGGGCCUGCGCCCAGCCAGGCUCCAACAGGCCAUACCAAAGUCUGCCCCUCGGGCGGCCUGCCCGGGAACCCCAUGUGGCCAUCUUGUCUUGUCACCCUGUUUCUACAGGGCUGUCCCUCUGCUUCCUUCUGAGGGGGGUCUCAGGUGGGAAGGGAGGGUCCUCCAACCCCAUCCAGGAUCUUCUGGGGAGUCUGCACUACUGAGACCUGUUGUUUGUGUCACACAUGGGGGACCAAGGCAGGGGUGAGGGCCCUCCGGGACCGAGGCCAUCCAGGCGGCCAGGAUUGUAGGAGGCAAGACAGAGAGUGAAAGGAAAAAAAAAUUAAAAACCAACAAAAAAAGCAAAAAUCCUAUUUUUUGAGAAAGAAAGAUAUUUAUAUUUGCAGUUUUAUUUUAAAAAGUUAUUUAAGCUGAGGAAGCAGCCUUCCUGGAGUGGCGGUGUCGGCCGGCACAGGGCGGGUCAGAACCUGGGGGCCCGGGCGCCUAGGAGUCAUAACCUCAGAGUUAAGACUAGCUCGCACUAAAUAUAUAAAUUUUCAUAGUGGGGUGAGGGGCAGGACCAGGAGGCGAGGGGGCUGGGGAGACCUCCACCCCACGGCCCAGGCUGCCUGGAGGCCACGGCCAGGGGUCCUGAUGCCCAGGUACCCUCCAGCCCCACCCAGGCCCAGACACAAGGUGCCUUGGACUUUGGGGGACCAGGCCUGGUGAAUGGGGGGUCGGGGGCACAGAGCACAGACAUUCCAUAGACUGUAUUUGAGAGUCUUUAUAAAAUGUGGGAGAUUUAAAAAAAAUGAUAAAAAUGCACUUUUGGGGGGUGGGGGGAGAAGCUUUAAAGGUAAUAAAAAACAAAAACAAAAAGACAAAAGAUGAUGAAAAACCGGACAUAAAAAUCAUUUUUCUUGUACAUAAAAAAACCACUAAACGCAGCCUGUUACGACC